AUGGAAGAAUAUCAUCAACUUCAUUAUAUGAAGUCCGUCAACAUCCCUGCACAUCCAAGGAGUAUCUCACGGUCAUUUUUUCUUCCGCAUCAUGGAGUUUGGCGUGAAUCUAGUUCAACCACGAAACUACGAGUAGUUUUUAUUGGUUCUAGACGAUCAAGUCGAGGCAUUUCAUUGAACGAGUGUCUUUACGCAGGGCCAAAAUUACAAUUAAAUAUUUCAGAUGUCUUGCUGCAGUGGCGUCUUCACUUCAUUGUCUUUUCUGUAGAUGUCGAAAAAAUGUGUCGACAGAUUAUUGUCCACCAAGAUGAUCAGGAUCUCCAACUUAUUCUGUGGCGAGAAAGUCAAAAUGAGCCCGUCCAAGUAUUUCGACUCAGUACUGUCACAUAUGGUCUGACUUGUGCCCCAUUUCUAGCUCUGCGCACCGUUCAGCAGCUUGGUCUUGAUGAAGGGGAUCGAUUUCCCUUGGCUGCUGAAGUGAUCAAAAAUGGCACCUAUGUUGAUGAUGUCUUAUCAGGAGUGGGUAAUUUGGAAGAUGCUAUUGAAUUACACAACCAACUACGCGGUCUCUUCAUGGCGGGCGGCUUGCCGCUCAAAAAGUGGAAUUCAAACAGUCAUGAGCUAAUGCAGCGCAUUCCGUAG